AUGGCUAGUGAGUGGAAACAAAGUGUAAGACACCCGUCACACUCACAAGUCAGCGGAAGUUUUGUAUGCACUGCCGGCAUCCGCUUCACGGGGGCGGGUAACCUUGCGGAACACCUAGCUGUGGGCUAUAUGUGCUUCGCCGAAUCGAGACAAUGGACGAACUGCACUGUGGUUUCAUCUGUACGUAGACACCGAAGAGGAGUACCAAGUCUUGCUACCAGAUGA